AUGCUCGACCUGGAAGCAUUAGAAUCGGAUCCUCUACCAACGUUCGUUAUCAAGACGUCGGACCAUGCCAUCCCUUUUGAACUUCUCUUCCGUAAUAAGGCCUUUCGGCUGGCCUCGCUGCAAGACACCAUCUUAGGAACGACCAGAGAAGCAAUUUUGUUCCGAUCUUGGGCUUUGGCAGUGCGACUUUCCAAUCCACAGCAUGUAUUCGAUGACCGCACAUGGACAGCGACCGUAGCCGGCGCAAAACAAAACUGGAAGAUUGUACAAGCAGGAGAAAUGUUUCCGUCCGACCAGAACCAUGGAACUGCAGCUAGCCACUCCAUUGCGGACGUCCAAGAAGAGGACGACAACUUCCGCGAAACAUCGAGAGAAGGGCCAGUGCGACCGCGAGUUCCCCUGGGAGGAUUUCCCACAGCCAACGUUGUUGCCCGUUGGGAGUCGUUGCAGACCAUGAUGGAAAUGACUGAUGUUGGUGUAUUUGAGUAUCUGCCAAGUGGAAAAUUGAUACACGCCAACGACGCAUGGUACCGACUCAGCAAUCACCCAAGGAACCUCCCUGCACACGUCGAAUUCUCCUUCAUGGAUCUGGCUUACCCGGACGACCAAGCCAACAUCAUGUCUGCAUGGAAUACCUUAGUUCAAGGUAGUUGCGUUACUUUUGAAAUGAGAUGGAAGGCGAAGCCUGGCUCCGAAGACGAUGCGCACAUAGCGGGAAACACGAUCGAUAUCAAUGGCCAAAAGAAGCUUCAAGAAGUUCAACGCCGUCAGAUUGAGGAGGCUCUCGAGGCCAAACGACAGCAGGAGAACUUCAUCGACAUGACUAGCCAUGAGCUCCGAAACCCUCUCUCGGCCGUUGUUCAAUGCGCGGACUCCGUCAUUUCUACACUACAGCAACUGACACCAAAAGAACUUAUCUCGUUGCAGCCGCAAUUCGAGAAAGUCAACAAUGAGAUUUCUGCCUGCAUCGAUAAUCUACAGACGAUCGUGGCCUGUAGUCUGCACCAAAAGCGCAUCAUCGACGAUGUACUUACACUCUCUAAGCUCGACUCAAACCUUUUACUAAUCACCCCGAUGCUGGUGAAACCUUCUUUAGUUGUUUCCGAGGCGAUGAAGAUGUUUGAUGUCGAGUGUUCCCAAAUGCAAAUCAACCUCGUAUUUCAGGAAGACGAAAGCCUGUCAGAAUUUGAAUGGGUAAUGAUAGAUCCAUCGCGGAUGCUUCAAGUCCUGAUCAAUCUUUUGACAAACGCCAUCAAGUUUACGAAAGACCGUGAACUCCGCAACGUCACAGUCACAUUGGGAGGAUCAUGGACGCAUACUCAAAUCGAGGACCCCAGUGUGACUUUUGCGAAGGAUACCCAGUUUCAGUUCAACAUCUGCGACAAGCCGGAGUGGGGGAAUGGGCGCAAAGGCUUUAUUUGGCUGCGUGUCGUCGACACAGGUUGCGGGUUGACUAACGAUGAACAGGCGAAGCUCUUCUCGCGGUUCACGCAGGCAACACCUCGAACUCAUAUUAAAUACGGAGGCUCAGGUCUCGGGCUUUUCAUUUCGAAGUCGCUUACCGCGCUUCAAGGAGGCUCUAUAGGGGUGAAAUCCACAGCCGGCAGCGGUUCCUCCUUCGUUUUCUACGUCAGCGCCCGAGUUGCAGAAAAUUCCCCGAAGACGACAAAACAAGAGCUACAACGACCAGCAAUUCGUCGCGCUGCAUCUGCCGAAGAUGAUCUGAAGAAUCUGAAAUUAAACAUCCUCAUGGUCGAAGACAACCUCGUCAACCAGAAAGUUUUGAGUAAACAACUACAAAAAGCGGGCUGCAACGUUAGCGUUGCCGGAAACGGAGUCGAAGCCCUCGAAUGGCUCAAAACAAGCGUUUACUGGAAGGGCGAAAAACAUCAGGACGACGCAACAUCUUUGAAAUGUGAUAUUGACAUAGUCUUGAUGGACAUUGAGAUGCCAGUCAUGGAUGGGUUGACUUGCGCGCGGGAAAUCCGUCGUUGGGAGUCUCAAGGCCUACUUGCGACCCCGACCGCUAAUGGACUGCUCAUGCCCCAACUGACUUCUACAUCAGUAUCACCGCUAAUACCGUUACAUGACCUGAGUAUCAAAAAAGACUAG